AAUGAAACAGACAAGAGUUCAAUCUGCUGCUACAAAUUCUCGUCUUCGAGAUAAUCAUUACGAUCCAAAGGUGCACACUAAGGCUUGGAUUGCUCCAGGUACAUGUUGAAAUUUAAAUUAGGAAUCUUCAAUUAACUACCUAAGUAUGAGCAUUUAGAUUCUGGUCUAGUGGUCAUUCAUCAGAAGAAUAACAAAAUGAAAAAGUUUAAGGAAUUGUCUGAAUUAAACUAAGAGAUUGAGUAAAUGCAGCAGAAGGACGAAUUCAGAAAGUUUAAGGAGUUUGAGAAUCUAUAUAAUGGCGAUUUGGUUGUGACAAUUGAAUAUUGGUAUACAUUUGAGUAACAGUCAAUAGUACAAAUUGUGCUCAGCAUGCGGGAUCAACUAGACACGACGAAGAGAAAUAUUAUACAUUCGCCACCAAUUUAAAAUAGGAACUCAUCUAGUAAUAUCCUACAGCUAAGGUUUACUUGAAACCAUUGAUUUAUGAUCCCCAUGACUAUUCUAUCGACACCCUCUACAUUUAAAGGAGAAUUGGAGCCUUUGAAGUCCAGGUCUGCUCCAAGAAUAGAGAUCAAGUCAAAAAAGGCUUAGUAUUUUCUAAGUUGAAUACUAAGAUGUGGCCAAACUACACUGAAGUCAUUGAAAGAGUCAGUGAUUAUUUAAACACUGCUCCAUUGGAAAUUUAUGUCAGCUUUGGUGAGAACAUCACUGGCAAUCUAAAUAACAUUGAAGUCGCUCUGAUUCCACAUCGACAAGACAGACCAUAAUCAAGUGUCUCACGGAUAUCUUCACAAACCAAAAGAACCAACAGAACUGUCACAAAAGAAAGAAAAAUCAUAGCUAAAACCAAUAAUCAAGGGUACAUCAAAUUAUAAGAUGUUCCUGUUGACGUAUAUGUUGUUGAAGUGCAAGAAUCAAAUGAUUAUCUAAAUGAACAACUGCUAUUUAACAUGGUCGAAAUGGCUGAACAAAGCAAUGACACUAUACAAGUUGUUAUUAAACUAAGAAAACAAACUCAUUCAUAUUUGGACAUCAAAAUAUUUAAUUAAUAGGGUUCUAAUAUAAUUGAAGCCAAAAUUACUAUAACAAAUCUUCAAACGCAAGAAAGUAUGCUAUCAAGAGAAAUCGAACCUGGCAGAUAUGAAGCCAUCUUAGAACCAAAUUAAUACUCUUUUACUAUUUAAAAGAGAGGAUACAAAGAAUUAAGUUAGAAUUUUGAUGCAGUCUAAGGAGUCAAUGAAUUUAAAUUGAUCCUUGAAGUAGAUCCAAAUGAUCAAUAACCAAUUAAGCCACCUUAAUCAGCCAAAUAAUUAUAGCCAAUACAAAAACCCAGCAGUGCACGACCAACUAGUGCUUAAAGAUCAUAAUAGGGCAGUAAUACUAAUCAAUCUCAAUUAUAAAUGAGUAAAUAAUAAUAACAAUAAUAAUAACAAUAACAAUAAUAAUAGUAAUAAUCGCUACCUCCAAAACCAAGAUCUUAAUAAUAGUCUAUGCAAUCUUAUGAAUAACCUGAAUACAUGGAACCAACUAAAUAAGAGGCUAUAUCAAAUCCCAAUAGACCUAUUUCAGGUUAUAAGUCUACAUAAGUAUUUAUUUAUGAUCCAUACACCAAUUAACCAAUCGAGGGAGUUUAAGUCAUUUUGAAUGAAGAAUCUACAAAACAAGCAUAGACAUAUGUAACUGAUCAAGAAGGAACUUGUAGAAUUAUAUUAUAAGGUGUUUUGGAAGGGAAAAUGGUGAUUUAAACGUAUUCUAAUAUUUUUAAUUGUUUUUAGUGAAGGAUACUUCCCAAUAGUUGAAGAGUAUGGCACAACAUAAUCUAAAAUGAAUUUGUAUCAAUUGAGAGAAUUGUCAUUUCCUUUGAUACAACAUCUAGAGGACAAGAAUUCAGUUAUGAUUCUAGUUUAAACCAAUGUCGAAGUGAUGCCAAUAGACAUCAAGAUGAUUCUACCUGAUAACGUGCAGAUUGAUUAGAGUCAUUAGAACGUACUGUAUGACUUGAAUGAUGAAUCUGGAUGCUAAAGGAUUAUAGUGCAUGAUCUUCAAACAAAAAGAGGUGUGUAUAGAAUCAUUGCAGAUAUAAUUGAACCCGAUUAUGUACAUCCUCAACAUUUGAAAGUGUACAUCAUCACAAACAAAGACUUGAAAUUAGUCGAUGUCCCCAAGACUAUCAAUUAAGAGUAGAUCUAUUGGGAUAUUGGUGUUAUUUGUGGUAAUUUAUUCGAUUAAUAAAAUUAAUAGCUCCCAAUUCUGGAUUUCUGGAGAUCAACACUCCCACAGAUGAAAUUUUGAAGAGGGAUAAAUACCUCAAGGAUUAUCAGAGUUUGUUGCAGUUCUUGAAGAAUUCUAAGAAUAUGGAUCUUAAAACCAUCUUGGGAUUCAAUGACAAGGAGAGACUCGAAUUACAAGGAGAUGUCUUUGUAUAGAAAGAUAAGAUUAAAAAUACCCUUGAUAAAUAUGGGUUUGAAGCAAUCACCAAUCUUGAUUAUUUGAUAUAUUCAGCCAUGAUGUCUAAUGGAUUGUACAGUUUCAAAAGACUGGAGUAGAAGUUUGGCAAUCUAGAUUUUGAGUUCAUAUUUGAUGAUGAGAAUUCAACUAGUAAACAGAAGGAGAUGAGUGAAGAUGAACCUUAUGAUGAUGAUUAUGAUAUAUGAAAUUAUUAUUAAAUUA